AUGGAAUGGCCGGAAAAUGAAAUGAUUAUCUUAAUAGAGGAAUACCGUAAACAUUCCAAUUUAUGGAACCCCAGAAAUGCAGAAUACAAAAAGAAAAACCGUAAAAAAGAUUGGAUCAGAGUGAUAGCGGCCACUUUACAAAAAGUACCAGAUGAGAUAGAGAGAAAAAUUGGGGUUGUCUUAGCACGAUAUAGAAGAGCUCGUGCCAAGGCACUUAGAAUGACCAAAUCUGGAAUGGGAGCAGAGGAUGUGGAGAAAGAAAUGUGGUUUGGCUACAGAUAUUUGGAAUUUCUUAGGAGGUUAGGACUUCAGCAAACAAGACAAACAACCACUAGCAACAAAAAAACCAAUCGCCCCAAUCCUCCAAGACCCAAUCAAAAUAAUCAAGCCAUUAGAAGACCAAACUUUCAACCACCUAGAUGCACCUUUUGUGGACGCAUUGGCCACUCAAACAACGAAUGUCGCUCUAGACAAAAUUCCCAAAAUAAUUCCCAGAAUUUUAACGAUACUCGAAAUUUCAGUAGCUAUCAAAACUUCAAUAAUGCCCAAAAUAAUGGCUUUCAGAGGCAAAACUUCAGCCCGAAUAAUAACUAUCAAAACACUAGACCUAACGACCAACAAAGACCUCAGUUCAAUCAAAAUAACCCACAAAUACGCCCUUCUGUAAUUCAUAAGAAUCCAAAUUUUUCGAGCGAUAGACAGAGAGCUCAUUUCGUUAACUAUAAACCUGACUAUGUUAAUGAUUAUACCUCAGAUCCAAUUGAAAGCUAUCAGUAUGACGAUUUUUCCGAUAAUAAUUAUCCACCUCCUGAUUUCUACCAUUCAUUCGAUGAAUCCAUCGAUUUAAUUGAUACCCAAGACUAUCAGGAUUUUCUCACAGUUCCAAAUCAAAACCACCCACCAGACAAUGCCAUUUCAAUGAGCCAACCUUUGUCUCAAAUAGAAAACCAGAUCCAAACUCUAAAUUUGGACGACAUGAACCCGUCUCUGAAUGUUCCAGAUCAGGAAUUCUUGCUGUAA